GCUGCAAGAUGCACUGAGGAAAUAAAAAGAGGUGAGCUGCAUCUGAAAACAGGCUGAACGGACGCACAGGUGCAUCAAAGAUGAAGUGGUUUGAAGUUGUUACCCUUGCUGUGUGCGUCCUCGUACCCACCGCUCACUCCCAAUCAAAAGCCUGGUGUUAUCACCUCCCAUCCUGCAAUGACACAACCUGGCCAACAAUUUUCCCGGAGUAUUGCAACGGCACCCGACAGUCACCCAUUGACAUCGUCUCAGCAUCAGCCACACCGAACGCCAAUCUGACUGAAUUCACUUUUGUGAAGUAUGACGACACCUCCGCAAUGACGUCAAUGACAAAUACUGGCGACACAGUCCAAGUGACCCUUAAGAGCGGAGUUAAGAUUUCAGGAGGGGACCUGUCCGAGCAAUACGACAGCCUCCAGUUUCACUUGCACUGGGGCAACGGCUCCUCUGUCCCCGGCUCAGAGCACACAGUGGAUGGAAAGCGCUAUCCUAUGGAGCUGCAUAUUGUGAACAGCAAGUCAUCCUACAAUGGAAAUACAAAUCUAGCCGUCAAAGACUCCACCGGACUUUCAGCGCUUGGUUUCUUUAUCGAGGUAAUGUCAGGCAACUCAACUGGCCAGCCGGAUAGCUGGCGCAAUUUGGCUUCUUACUUGCCCAACAUCACAGAAAAAGGCCAGAACGUUUCAAUUGCAGCCGGGUUUUCCCUGGACGACCUGCUUGUCGGUGUGGAUCGCACUAAGUAUUACCGCUACCUUGGAUCCUUGACGACCCCCGCUUGUCAGGAGGCGGUGGUCUGGACCGUUUUUAAGGAACCAAUUAAAGUCAGUAAAGAUCUAAUUGACCUCUUCAGCACCACACUGCACUUCAACGACAGUUCAUCACCAAUCAUGAUAAACGUCUACAGAAGCCUGCAGCCUGCACAGAAAGUCUGGACUCAGAGCAUCAAGGCCUCCGCCUCCACAACCUGCUUCUCCCUGAGCCUGCUACUUCUCAGUCUUGUACUGGGCUGGAGUUGGAGCUAAAAUAGAAAGAGGAUGUCAUCAAGAACUUUGCCGAUCAACCCGUUGCCUCACCUCAGCGCGCCCGUUCUUUUCCCAUUUAACUAAAACUGACUGAUUUCUAAUGUAGCUCUUUGUGUUUGACAUAAUCACGAAAAGUAUGAAGAACAACUUAUUAAGUUCAAGGCUACUUCUGUUCCGAUCUUAUCUCUCAACACUAUCUCUUGAUUAUGGCUACCUGUGACAAAGCUUUUGCCUGUUGUCAGAUUUGAGUCUGUAUGAUGAAUGCACCUCGUGUAUGCAACGUUUACUUUAAGCAGUGACAUCGACAUGUUUUCAUUUUGCAAAGCCAUAUGGUCUGAGCAACUGAGAUGUGUUCCAUGUCCAUGUUGAGCUGCCAGAGCUACAUGUGGGUGACACAUUGCUUAUGCCCUUAAUACUGUACUGUGUUGCUUGAACAUGAAGAAAACUGUGACUUUCUUGGUUUUA